UGUGCAACACUUCUUCAUGGGAUAGAGAUAGGAUUGGUGCAAUCGGAGAGGAGAAAGUGAUGGGCCAAUGACCAAACAUGCAACGCAACAUGGACUAGUUAGCCAAUCAAAUCAUAUACCUCCUUCCCCUUCGACCCCUAACUAAUGCAUUAGACAAGCUCUACUUCUCUCUAGCUAUCCAUCCCGUUGUAACCCCCUAAUGCAUCGGCCAAUUCUCUACUCUCUAUCCCUGCAUUAAACAAUCUCUACUUCUCUCUAUCCCGUUGUUUAAUUUGUUUAAUACUCCAUUCUUCUUCCUCGCCGAGACAAGUUAGCUUGAUUAGCUAUGGGAUCGACGUCGGUCUCCACCGGAUCAGGAAGGCAUACAAAGACAUGCCCUCGUGGGCACUGGCGGCCCGGCGAGGAUGAGAAGCUACGACAACUUGUGGAGAAGUUUGGCCCGCAGAACUGGAAUUCGAUCGCUGAGAAACUCAAGGGACGAUCAGGUAAGAGCUGUAGGCUGAGGUGGUUUAACCAACUUGACCCGAGGAUCAACAAGCGGCCCUUCACGGAAGAGGAGGAAGAGCGGCUGGUGGGGGCUCAGCGCGUGCACGGCAACAAGUGGGCGCUCAUAGCGCGACUCUUCCCUGGGAGGACCGACAACGCCGUCAAGAACCAUUGGCAUGUCAUCAUGGCCCGUUGCCACCGUGACAAGGCGAAGAUUUUCAGGCGGAGAACCGCCCGCCACGACCAGAGCCAUCUUGGCGCCACUGCCAACUGCCUCCUCCUCACUUCCAUUUCGGCGCCGAGGGAAGCAGACAUCAACUUUGGCACAACUUCGUCGUUGUCGAAUUCUUGUUUUACGGGACUUUCGAGAACUCUUCCCGGUCCCAGAAUUCAUUUUCUACAACCAAAUGCAAAUGGAAACACUCAGCUCCACGACAUCAAGGGAACUGCUCGUUUUGAUUCGCACGGAUUCGACUCCGAGUUCGAUGGUAAACUGCUAAAUGGGUGCGGAAUGGAUGCAGGCGAUGGGUCGGCUGGUCGAAGAUUUGAGCAAAAUGAGGAAAAUCAUCUAAGAAAAAGCGUUCCCUUUAUAGACUUCUUGGGGAUCGGAGUGAUAGAGUAGUUUUUGACUCCAUGCAAAGGUUAUGAAUUCUUCAAUAUUUUGGGCGUUGCUUUGUUUUAAAUGGAGUCUACAGGUAACGAAAAGUCCCAAUACAAUUCAUGGCAAAUUUAAACUAGUCUUGACGUGCACAAUUCAUUUUUUUUUUCUUGUUUGAUUAAAAAAUGCUUAAAUGCAGCCUUCUUCAUCCUCAAGGCCCGGCGGUG